AUGGACAGACUGCUGUGUCUUGAUGGUGGCGGUAUUAAAGGCCUGGUGCUGAUCCAGAUGCUGAUCGCUCUGGAGAAAGAGGCGGGCAGACCCACCAGAGAGCUCUUCGACUGGGUAGCUGGCACGAGCACGGGAGGCAUCCUGGCUCUGGCUAUAAUCCACGGUAAAUCCAUGGAGUACCUGCGCUGCCUGUACUUUAGGAUGAAGGAGCAGGUGUUCAAAGGAUCAAGACCCUAUGAAUCAGCACCGCUAGAGGACUUCCUCAAAACAGAGUUUGGAGAAAACACCAAGAUGACUGACAUAAAGUUCCCCAGGGUAAUGGUGACCAGUGUUCUGGCAGACAGACAUCCAGGCGAGCUUCAUAUAUUCAGGAACUAUGACCCUCCAUCCGUCUCCAGAGAGGCCCCAUACACCACCACUGCCACAUUCAAGCCUCUCACCAUCCCACAAGAACAACUUGUAUGGCGAGCUGCUCGCUCCAGCGGCGCUGCUACCACCUACUUCCGACCAAUGGGGCGCUUUCUGGAUGGAGGGCUGCUGGCCAAUAACCCAACACUAGAUGCCAUGACAGAAGUCCAUCAGUACAAUAAGGCCUUAAAAGCAGAGGUAGGCAACCGGAGAAUAAAGAAGCUGGGUAUAGUGGUCUCUCUUGGAACAGGUAAACCACCUCAGGUGGUGGUGAGCUCUGUGGAUGUGUUCCGACCCUCCAACCCACUGGAGCUGGCCAAGACCUUUGUAGGAGCAAAAGAGCUGGGCAAAAUGCUGGUGGACUGUGGCAGAGAACCCCUGACCUCCCUCUCCCCAGCCACCUCCUCCUGCUUCUCCAGGGGAACUACAGGUUGUCCUGGGUCUGCUCCAGAGCCUCCUCCUUGUGGGACAUACCCGACCCACCUCAACUGGCUCCUUUUUAAUGCGGGGGAGUAG